UCCACGUUCAGACGCCGUGGACGGUGGUCGUUGGGUCAUUUCGUUGGUGUUUUAAAGUGUCGUGUGUUGCCUCGUUGACUUUAGUGAAUUAUGAACCAUAGUUAUAGUUAGUUUUUACUAUUGAUUGCUACUUUACUGGCACGGAACAUAUAUUUCAUUCUCAAUCUACCCGAAUGCACGCGCCGAAUUUCUAUGAUAUAAAUGUGGCUCAGCGACCUGAAUGAUCUUCCCAUCAACAGCUCCACCGAUUAAAUAAGCAGUAUGGUGGUGGUGUUGAACGGCGUGCUCGCGGACGAGUGUCCCACGUCGGUGCGCGCGCUGCUCGCGGCGCAUCCCGGGUAUAGGGAUGCGGCUGCGCAGCUGCUGUCGGCCGCGGCGCGAGUGGUCGCCCCGCCCGGCCUCUUGUACGUGGCGCAAAGGGAGAUGGCGGCGGUUGUCCCGCAUGAUAAAAACGUCACAAUAAUUGGGUCAGAUGACGCCACAUCAUGUAUCAUUGUAGUUCUAAGACAUUCAGGUUCUGGGGCAGUAGCACUAGCUCAUUUAGACGGUUCAGGAACAGCAGAAGCGGCAUCAGCCAUGGUGGCUAGGGUUCAGCAGCUGGCCAUAGGAUACCCCGAAGGGAGGCUGGAACUCCAGCUGAUUGGUGGAUUUACGGAUCCACACGGCUAUGCUGAUGAACUGUUCUCUAAUAUAAUGAUAUCGUUCCACCGUCAAACCGAGGAGAUAGACCUGACGCUGGCUUGCUGCUGCGAGCUGAACACGGCGCUCGGCGGCGGCGCGCCCUCGCCGCUGGUUACCGGCGUCGGCGUCGACAUCCGCGCCGGCGACCUGUUCCCCGCCACCUUCCCCGACAAGGGGCCCGAGCUGCCGCUGCGCUGUGCCAGGACCAUUACUGGUGGCCCCAAUAGCACGCAGGUGCUGGACAUAUACGACAACGCGGUGGGCAUGCUGCGCAUCGGGCCGUUCAACUACGACCCGCUGCGGGGCGUGGACCUGUGGCUCGAGCAGUCCGACGAGUUCAUCCUGCAGCACCUCAGCACCACGCCCAGCGUCGAGCCGCCGCACUUCGUGCACAAUAUCCGCGUGACGCUGAAGUUCAUCCAGCAGCACCCGUUCCCGGCGGUGACCGUGUUCCCGGACAACCGGCCGCACUACUACCGCCGCGACGACCAGACCGGCUGCUGGAUGCCCGUGCGCUUCUAACCGGAAAUGAUGUUAACGGAACCCGAAAA